AUGUCUUCUCUCGACCUCAUCGAUCACUCCCCGCAGCAGCCGGAUCCCUCACCACCGGUCCCCACCGCCUCCAAUCUCAUCUUUAUUGACAACUACGACUCAUUCACUUGGAACAUUUACCAGUACCUGGUUCUCGAGGGCGCCACCGUCCAUGUCUUCCGCAAUGACCAGAUCACUCUCGACGAGCUGAUCGCCAAGAACCCUACACAGCUCAUCAUCAGCCCCGGCCCUGGCCAUCCUGCAACAGAUUCCGGUAUCAGCCGUGAUGCUAUCCAGCACUUUGCUGGCAAGAUUCCCAUUUUUGGUGUGUGUAUGGGAUUGCAAUGCAUCAUCGAUAGCUACGGUGGUGAGGUAGCCUCAGCAGGCGAAUGGCUCCAUGGGAAAACCUCCCCCUUAACGCAUGACGCCAAGGGAGUCUUCAAGGGCUUGAAGCAGAACAUCCCAGUCACACGAUAUCACUCUCUGGCUGGUACACCCGUUGCAUUGCCCGAGUGUCUCGAGGUUACCUCCUGGGUGGCCAAGCCAGAUGGCUCACAGGGCGUCAUCCAAGGUGUCCGGCACAAGGAGUUCACCAUGGAGGGAGUUCAAUUCCACCCCGAGAGUAUCCUAACAGCAGAAGGGCGGACGAUGAUCAAGAACUUCCUCAAGCUGCAAGGCGGUACCUGGGCAGAGAGCGAGAAGCUCGCGAAGGGCGAGGCAAGCUCGUCCACUGUCACUACAGGGCAAAGCAAGAGCAACAACAUACUCCGCCAGAUCUACGCCAACCGCAAGGCUGCCGUCGAGAUCCAGAAGCAGAUUCCUUCUCAGCGCAUGGCUGAUCUGGAGGCCGCAUACAGUCUCAAUGCCGCACCACCACUGGUUCCAUUCAUCAACCGCCUACGCCAGUCGCCCUUCGAUGUCUCCCUCAUGGCCGAAAUCAAGCGAGGUUCGCCCUCAAAGGGAAUCUUUGCACUCGAAAUCAAUGCCCCUGUCCAGGCCCGCAAAUAUGCUCUUGCUGGAGCGAGUGUCAUCUCUGUGCUCACAGAGCCAGAGUGGUUCAAGGGCAGUAUCGAGGAUCUACGAGCUGUUCGCCAGGUUUUGGACGGUAUGCCUAAUCGACCAGCAAUUUUGAGAAAGGAAUUCAUCUUCGACGAAUAUCAGAUUCUGGAGGCCCGACUCGCGGGCGCCGACACUGUUCUCCUCAUCGUGAAAAUGUUGGACAACGACCUUCUUGAGCGGUUAUACAAGUACUCACAGUCCCUGGGAAUGGAGCCCCUUGUAGAAGUACAGAACGCCGAAGAGAUGGAGAGAGCUCUCAAGUUGGGCUCCAAGGCCAUCGGCGUCAACAACCGCAACCUGGAGAGUUUCGAGGUCGACAUGAACACAACAAGCCGUCUGCGAAAGAUGGUUCCAGAGGAUACCAUUAUCUGUGCUCUCAGCGGCAUCAACAAGCACCAGGACGUGUUGGAUUGCAAAAGAGACGGUGUCAACGCCGUGCUGGUUGGAGAAUCGAUUAUGAGGGCACCCGAUGCCACUCAGUUCAUCAGCCAGCUAUGUGCUGGAGUAGACGCUCCCACCAAUGCUGCCCCCCCUCCCCCUCUAUACGUAAAGAUCUGCGGUACACGAAGUCCCGAGGCAGCAAAAGAGGCUAUCGAGUCUGGUGCCGACUUUGUUGGCAUCUGCUUAGUCCCUGGAGCUAAACGAUGCAUCACCCACGAGACUGCGUUGGCCAUCUCCAAUGCUGUCCACUCAUACAGCUGUUCAUUGCCGGCUAAAGUUGAUAUCCCAAUUUCCAGCACCGGAGCCACAGACUUCUUCGCCUCAGCUACUACACGACUGGUCAGCAGCCGCCCACGCGUAGUCGGCAUCUUCCAGAACCAGCCCCUGAAUGAGGUCCUCGAGAAGCAGGAACUCUAUGAUCUAGACAUGGUCCAACUUCAUGGAGAUGAGCCACUCGAGUGGGCGCACUUUAUUCCUGUUCCUGUCAUCCGUGCUUUCAAGCCUGACCACGUCGGCAUCGGCCUGCGCGGGUACCACACCAUCCCUCUCCUGGAUUCUGGUGCUGGCUCCGGCAAGCUCAUUGACGUGUCCAAAGUGAAGGAGGUCCUCGAGAAGGACCCUGAACUGCGCAUCUUCCUCGCCGGCGGUUUGAACCCAGACAAUGUUGCUAGUGCUGUCAGAUCUCUAGGGGAUCUCGGCUCUCGUGUCAUUGGUGUCGAUGUCAGUAGUGGCGUCGAGGAAGCAGGAAAGCAAAGCUUGCCUAAAAUCACUGGAUUUAUCAAGGCCGCAAAGGAGAUCAGGUAA